AUGUCUGUUGGAGGACGAGGUAAUUCAUCACGUGGAAACACUCUAAGGAGGGGCCAUGCGCCGUUACCAAAUCUUUCCAUUGCGGGAAAACGCGAAACAAAGUGCGAGUCAACUGGAACAAAAGGAACUCGUCGAGCAGGAAAGCGUGAGAGAGGAGGACGUGGAAAAUAUGGACGUAAUCAAGGUCGAGAAACGGGAAGACAACUUUUUAUAGAGCAGCAGGGGAUAUUUUCAUCCGGUUUAAAUGAUGAUGGGCGACAUAAAAGAGUGAAAAGUAGCAUAUCAAAUGAAUUGUGCACAACAAGUCUUGGACAAGUGAAGAAAGUAGAUCAAGAAGAUGCGAAAAAGGAAAGCGACAUAAACUCUAUAACAUAUGAAUCAGAAUGGUUAUCUGAUGAAGAAGCUGACAACGAAGAACUGCAAGAGUUGCUACGGGAUGGGUUCUUGUCAGACUUGAAGCCAGGGAAAGUUAUCCCACUGGUAUUACCGGAAACAGAGCAAGAACAGUUCCAGCAGUUAAUUAAGAAAGAGAAAGGUGUGGAGAAUGAUUGUAGGUCCAUGGAUAUGAACUUUUUGCUACCAACGAAGAAAAAAAGGAAGGACAAUCAGCACCUUAAACCAGAAUGUGAAUUUGAAGAGGAUGUCAAAAAGUUACAGCUAAAGGAGCUGGAAACUGUUAAUACAGCGUCGGAUCCAACUGCAACAAGUAGUCGUAGGGCAGCUACCAUCAUGCGGAAAAUUCAAGAAGAUGAAGAUGGUUCAAUUUUGAUGCUGCAAUUGCCAAGUACGUUGUCCGCUAUUAAGAAUUCAGCUAGUCAAGAAGAUACGCUAGGGGGACCGAAGUCCGAAGAUAACACAUGUCCAACAAUAAAACACUGUCUUGACGGUUUUGCGAAUGGUAGCAAAAUUGGGAAACUGCGAAUACGAAAAGGAGGCCGCAUGGAGCUGUCGUUCUGUGGGAUGCCUCUGGAUGUAGCUUGUGGUGUUGCUACAAGAUAUAAUGAGUCAGUAUUACUAAUCGAUCCUGAGAGUCAAACAACAACUUCGACGAUCAAGAGUGAAUGUGGCGAUGAGCAAUCACCAUGCAGAGGUUAUAUUCUAGGUACAAUUGUUGAUUCCUUCAUUUGUUCGCAUAAUCUUCCGGAGGCUCUUGAUGAUAAGCGAGAGGAGCAGCAAUUGGAUAGACGAAAAUACUGUGAGAUUAAAAACCAACAGGAUGAAAAGGAAGAUCUGGAAAUGAAAGACCUGCUUUUGGAGUUAAGUUCAAUCGAAAAGAAAGAAGAAUCUUGGUCAAAAUGGACUCUGGAAUAUUCCGAUUCUUUGACAUGCGAUGAUUCAUAG